AUUCAAAUUUGGCCAUAACGCAUCUACAAACAAGAAACGCAAUCUAUUCUAUUAGCCAUUAGGAUUUAGGAGUAUCUACUGCUCCUUCUUUACCUCGUGUGGGUCCCACUCCUUCAUAACCAAUCACUAUUUCUCUUAUCAUCACCAUUUACCAAUCAUAAUAUUUCCUUAUUUCUGGAUUCAAAUCCAUUUUCCGAUUUUACACACUUCAAAUCUCAUCUCUCCGAUCAAAACCCAUAAAUUACAAUCUGACUUUUAAGUUUCCAUCAAAACCCACAAUUUAAAUAUGGAGAAUCUUCGCCGGAGAAGACCCGGUGAGCCCGACAGGCCCGUAUCUGAAUCCGAGAAGGAAGAACAAGAAGAAGAGGAUAAGAACAGAGGAGAAGGAAGCAGUAAAAAGGAUAAAAAAGAGAAUAAAAAGAAAGAGAAGAAAAAAUGGUCAUGUAUUGAUAACUGCUGUUGGCUGAUAGGAUUUAUAUGUUCAAUGUGGUGGUUACUACUAUUUCUAUACAAAGCCGUGCCUUCUUCUUUGCCGCAGUAUGUUACGGAGGCGAUUACCGGGCCAUUGCCGGACCCACCAGGCGAAAAGCUUAGGAAGGAAGGGUUUACGGCGGAGCAUCCGGUGGUAUUUGUGCCGGGUAUUGUAACUGCUGGUCUUGAACUUUGGGAAGGUAAACCUUGUGCUGAUGGUUUGUUUAGGAAGAGACUUUGGGGUGGUACCUUUGGUGAAGUUUAUAAAAGACCAUUAUGUUGGGUUGAGCAUAUGUCACUCAACAAUGAAACUGGACUCGACCCCGAUGGUAUAAGGGUUAGACCUGUCCCUGGACUUGUUGCUGCAGAUUAUUUUGCCCCUGGAUAUUUUGUAUGGGCCGUCUUGAUUGCCAAUUUGGCGCGCAUAGGUUAUGAGGAGAAGAAUAUGUAUAUGGCUUCAUAUGAUUGGAGACUAUCUUUCCAAAACACCGAGGUGAGGGAUCACACACUUAGCAGGAUAAAAAGUACCAUUGAGCUAAUGGUAGCAACUAAUAAUAAGAAGGCUGUCAUUGUUCCUCAUUCUAUGGGAGUUUUGUACUUCCUACAUUUUAUGAAGUGGGUUGAGGCUCCUGCUCCUAUGGGAGGUGGUGGUGGUCCGCACUGGUGUGCCAAGCAUAUUAAAGCCGUGAUGAACAUUGGGGGACCUUUUCUUGGUGUUCCGAAAGCUGUUCCUGGACUUUUUUCAGCUGAAGCUCGAGACAUUGCUGUUGCAAGGGCGAUUGCACCAGGGGUUCUGGAUAAUGAUAUAUUUCAUCUGCAAACAUUGCAGCAUGUGAUGAGAAUGACGCGUACUUGGGAUGCGACUAUGUCGAUGAUACCAAGAGGUGGAAACACUAUAUGGGGUGGUUUUGACUGGUCACCUGAGGAAGGGUAUCUUCCAAGUAAGAAAAGGAAGAAUGAAAGUGUAACUACCUCUGCAGGAAACACUGAGGAUCUUAAACCAAAGAAGGUCUAUUAUGGGAGGACUAUAUCAUUUGGUAAAGAUGUAGCUGAUGCAUCUUCAUCUGACAUCCAGAGCCAGAGGAUUGAUUUCAGGGGUGCUGUGAAGGGUGGUAAUAUUGCAAAUACUUCAUGUCGGGAUGUUUGGACAGAAUACAACGACAUGGGCGUUGGUGGAAUAAAAGCUGUUGCUGACUACAAAGUAUAUACAGCUGACGACAUUGUCGACUUGCUUCAUUUUGUCGCUCCAAAGAUGAUGGCGCGGGGUGAUGCUCAGUAUACGUAUGGCAUUGCUGAUGAUCCAAAUGACCCGAAAUAUAACCAUUUCAAAUACUGGUCUAACCCCUUAGAAACCAAAUUGCCAGAUGCACCCGAAAUGGAAAUCUUUUCCCUUUAUGGCGUUGGCAUCCCAACCGAAAGAGCAUAUGUGUACCGAGUUGCCCCAUCUGCAGACUGUAAUAUCCCGUUUCAGAUAGAUAUAUCAGCAAAUGGGGAAGAAGAAACUAGUUGUUUGCGAGAUGGAGUGUUCUUAGUUGACGGAGAUGAGACAGUACCAGUUUUGAGCUCGGGUUAUAUGUGUGCGAAAGGUUGGCGUGGAAAAACCAAGUAUAAUCCUUCAGGCAUCCAAACUUACAUAAGGGAGUAUGAUCAUGCUCCUCCGUCUAACUUUUUGGAAGGCCGCGGAACUCAGAGUGGCGCACAUGUUGAUAUUAUGGGCAACUUUGCAUUAAUAGAAGAUAUUAUGAGAGUAGCUGCCGGACAGAAUGGUAAAGACCUUGGAGGAGAUCGUGUUUAUUCCGACAUCUUCAAAUGGGCGGAGAAAAUUAACUUGAAGUUAUAACAAAUAAACGAAAUGUGGUGAGCCUCAUACCUCUCCUUCAUGGUUUAGGUGAAGACUGCGAAGGAUCUUGUGAAUUUGGCAGGCAGAGAGCGAGCGAGCGAGCGAGCAAGCCCUAUAGUAACCCAUUCGUGCUGUCCAUUGUAUAGGAUAUUUUUUAUUGGACUACGUCAUUUCUGAACCUAUUCUUUUCUGAGGUAGAAUUGUUGUUAUCAUGUUGGUGUUCUAAUGUUAUGGCCUAAUUAAUUAUUUAACAUAAUAAAUGAAAUUUCAAACAUUGCAAUAUAGUUAUAGCCUAUGUGUAGUUCUUUGGACAAGAAUUGCUUGAUUGGCUAUAUCAUGCAUUUAUGUGAAAGCUGAUUGAAAUGUAUUUGGUACAUUCGUA